GAAAAAAACAGAAAUUAACAUAAAUCUGACAGUUUGGCCAUCUGAUCUCGACAAGUAAACGACAACAACAAAGAUGGCCCCCAAACCAGGAGCGCACGAAGAACAAGCAUUACAAGCCGUUAUUUUGGCCCAAUGCGAGCAGGAUUACGGCGACCCAGUGACCCAGGAUGUGCCCAAGGUGCUGGCCCCCGUGGCAAACACCCCCCUUCUGGAGUAUUCCCUGGAGUGGCUGGAGAGGUGUGGGGUGGAGGAGGCCAUUGUCUACUGCAGGGCUGACACACACCUUCAAACCAUUAAGGAACACUGCAGAGCCUUUAUGAGUCGGCGGUGGGACACAACACCCGCGAGUCACCCUGGAGGGCUAAGGGUGACUGUCGUGGCCUCAGAGGACUGUCACUCGCUGGGGGACGCAAUGAGAGACCUCUAUGCUAAGUCUCUUCUUAAGGGUGACUUUAUUCUGCUGCAGGGUGACACUGUGACCACCCUAGACCUGCCUACACUGGUGACGGAGCAUCGAGAGAGCAGGGCGGCCGACAGGAGUGCCAUAAUGACCUGUGUGUACCUGGGUGAAGGGGGAAGGGUUGGCAGCACUGCGGAGAGAGCAACAACAGCCACCCUGCUUGUUGACGCUUCCACCAACAAGUUAUUGCUACACAGACGCCGGCGCUCCACCUCCUCCAGGCUCCCCAUCCCUACCGAACUACUCCAGGGGUCACACGACAUCUUGACCUACCCAGCUGCAUAUGACCCCAGUGUGGCGAUCUGCUCUGAGGUUGUCCCGUCUCUCUUCUCCGACAAUUUCGACUACUGCACUCUGGACAGCUUGGUACGGGGUGUGAUUGAGCAAGAGGAGCUGCUGGGGUACACUAUUAAGGCCAGGGUGGUACAUGGGGGUGGGUACGCUGGCCGGGCUGCCUCUAUACCCUCACUCAUUGCUGUGAGCGGGAAGUGGUACAGCGGCAGGCAUUCCCUCUGGUCCCGGAGGUAAGCCAGACAAGCCACAGGGUACGGUACCACCACGAACCCUUCACACACACCUACUGCGACCCCUCAGCUAAGUGCCCCAGAGGCAGUGGAGUGACAGGGGUGGUGGUGGGGGCAGGGGUGGAGGUGAGCCCCAACGCCCACCUCCACAACACCACCCUGGGGGACCACUGCACCCUGGGGGAGGCUGUGGUGGUGAAGAAUUCAGUGGUGAUGGCUGGG